AUGAAGAUUGCACUGCUGCUCCUGGCCGUCACAACCUUCGCCGCAGCGCAAAGGAUUACGACCAUCCAACUGGAUGGCGUGCAGUACUUUGUGUCGCGGAUGAAUCCGUACAGUCCGGAGCUGAACUACUUCCUGGCGUACCAGUACUGUCGCUCCCUCGGCCUGCAGUUAGCUUCCUUCGAGACCAAGGAAAAGGCCGAAACGAUGACUCAGUACCUGAAGAACGCCGGCUACACGAAAUACGACUUCUGGACGUCCGGCAACAAGCUCGGAACGGACAUGUUCUUGUGGAUGAGCACAGGCCUGCCCUUCAACGCCACCUUCGACUACAUGCUGCGAAGACCCGGCAACAAACCGGUGGACGUCCCGCCAGGCACGGAGCCGCAGCGAGUGGCGCGCGAGAGUGGCGACAGCGGCAGCGCCGACGGUUGCGUCUCGAUGGUCGCCCCCACGUUGGCAUGGGAGGCCCAGGACUGCACGCUCAUCAAGGACUUCAUCUGCGAGCAGACGCGAUGCUACUACUACAAUUACGGCAGCAUUCCAGUUUCCGCGACUCAGGGGUAA